GUCCAUGCCUCCAGGCAGGCAGCAUGCAGCCCCCUCCCACUUUGGAGGGCCUUUGCCCCCGUAGAGAAGGUACUGGGCCUGGGUUGGCGGGGGAAAGGGGAGGGCUUGGGCUUGGGCCUCGCGGAGGGGAAAGGAGUGGGUUGGGCCGGGGGCUUGGGGCUAGCAAGCACCACUGGAAGAGUUGGGGUCUGCAUCUGUCCUCCAUGCUGUGGGUGCUCUCGCCCCACCUCGUCCACAAGUACGAACCCUACCUUACUGGCCAUCCCCCAACAUAUGGGAGGGAGAGAUGGGCAGCACGCAUGACGAUUUACGGCGAUCUGUUGCGCGGCACUGUUGUUUGUACUCGAGAAUUAUCCCUCUCGAAUCAAUCCGCUCUUGGUGGACUUUUCCGCGCGCCGGAGGUCGAUCACGGUACAUGACAUUUGUUUAUUAACAUCAAAUCCGGAUCCGAGACUGCGACUCUGAUUUCGAAGACGUUGAGCAGCAUGUGGAGCCAUGCUGCGAGGUGGCUGUUUUUAUACUCCCAGAACGGAACGGGAUGGUGGGAGGGUUCGAUGUACAUUAUCGAUCUGUUGGCGCUCCACGGGCAGCUCAACUCAGACGAUUAGAACAAGAACCUCGGCUACUCCUUUUGUCUUCUUCCCUUUCACUGUUGGAGAUUCAGGGCACUAUCAUUCGGGGCCUUCUUUAAGCCAUUUCUCGAAAUAUUGUACUCCUCUUCUCGAUCCACUUUCCACAAUUCACGUCCUGGGGCCAUCCUCAUCCUCGUCGUCGUCGUCGUCUUUUCCCCGUCCCCGAUACACGAUCACUGUGGCGCUUCCUUUCGCUGUGCAUGCUUUCCAUCUUUCUCUUCCAGAACUUUGUGAAAUAUCAUCCUCUUAUCCUUGACCUUUUCAACCGACGGGACGGGCAUCGCCCACAUUCUGUUCCAUCGCCAGAGUGUGCGUGCACUCACUGAAUCAUCAUCUCCCCAAGCCUAUGCGCUUCCUCUUGACUUCCUCUUUCCUUGGAUCCAUGAUCUAUGCAGCAGCAGCGGUGUGGCCUAGCCCCCUUCGCUCAUCCCAACACACCUCAAAUCUCUUCCACUUAUUGUUAAGUGAAGUGGAGUAAUGACUGUUCUAUCCCAUCCUAUCCCCUCAGGCUUCCAAUCAAGACCAAACAAUCACGUCCAUGUUCAGAUUCAGCCCCAAAUUGACAGAACAUGGAACGACGCCGUUCGGCAGUACAGACAACAACACAGAAUCAGGGAAACCAUGGGACCGACCGGCUCUAGGAAAUUUGCACGUUUUGAACGACGGCUCUCGUGUUCUUGUAGCAGCCGACUGAAGACAAACGCAAAUCAUGUGGCUGAGGUUGGAGUGACUCUGUGAUGAGUACGUAUGACUUCGUACUCAUUUUGAUUCGGAAGUUCACGUCACCUUCAGCGAGACUCUAGCGAGCUUCACUUUUUCUGCACUGUCAGAGGUUCAUCUUCUAUUUCAAAGUAAUCGAAGCCCGGAGCAGGUGCCGGCGAUUACGAUUAUUACCAACCGGUUUUAUAUUGAGAAAAAAUUAAUCUUAAGUGUAAAGUGAUAGUUUGAAUUUCCCGAAGAUGUCAUCAUAUGAGUAGGAGUUUUACAAACCACGCCCAAUCUUCUGCUACGAAAUUCAGAUGUCAGCCAGUAAUCUCAUUAUGGUCGAUGAGUGUAAUUGAUCCUAAACAUUACACGAGUAGUAGGUCGGUGAAGCCAAAAUGGACUGGGACCAGAUAUUUCAUUACUCCAGCAAAAAUGAUUGACACUGCAUAUGUAGCUUAAAAUACGACCAUGGUCCGCCAAGAGCUUGGGUCUACCAUAAUCGUCACCGAGAUUACGGUAGUGAGAGGGCACAACUGUUACAAGAGAGGAAGUGAGGUGAACAUUUGAGGCUUCAGACAAAUUCAGAAUUUGG